AGCUCACAGCUUGCUCUCAACAAACCCGAAUGGAGGUUUGACCCAGACGGUCGUUUCUUUUAUUUUUCUUUUCUUUUCUCGCAAUCUGCUACAGAAGUUUGAACAAAAAUUUAAAAAUAAAAUCUAAUCAUAUCACGACAAAGUUUUAAUGUAAUUUAAGUCUCUUAAUUAUUAAGGUGCUCUUAUGCCUUUUUUAGCAUUUUCUUAAAUAGUUUUUACUUCUAAUAUACAUAUUAAUAAAUAUAGUGUUGUGUGAAGUAUUGUGAAAUGAAUGGAAUUGCUGUUGAAGCGGAACGGAACGUGGAAAUGGCGGGAAAUUGUGACAGACAUUCAGCCGUUGAUGUUGUUGGUGAGGCCAAAAGGGACCAAAGAUGGCCGACAUCGGACACAGACAGAUUAUCUGCCUACCCAAGCGGUGAUCGAUCAAAUCUCCUACGCUCUCACGCGGCUAAAUCGGCAGAAUGCAGUCAAGGGUCUCCGCGCGCGAGGAGAGUACCAAGGGAGUCCCGGAGAAUUUCACUUGCGCAGGCACCGGGCUAUGUUCAGCUUAACCAAUACAGACUGCUUGAGCCCAUUGGACAGGGUUCCUAUGGAAUCGUUAAGUUAGCAUAUAAUGAAGAAGAUGAUACGCAUUAUGCAAUGAAAAUUCUAUCGAAACGCAAAUUGAUGCGUCGCGCGGGUUUGUUUGGGCGGGCGCCGCCCCGCCGCCCGGGCCCGGGGCCGCCACCUGACCCACUGCAAAGCAUCUACAGGGAAAUAGCCGUGCUCAAGAAACUGGACCAUCCUAAUGUAGUUAAGUUAGUUGAGGUAUUAGAUGAUCCAGCAGAGGACCAAUUGUACCUAGUUUUCCAGCUACUGGAGGGAGGACCUGUGAUAGAUAUUCCCACAGACAACCCCCUCAGCGAGCAGUUGGCAAGAAAGUACUUCAGGGACGCUUUACUGGGCGUUGAGUAUCUGCACUACCAGCGCAUUGCCCAUCGCGACAUCAAACCAGCCAACCUGCUGCUUGGUGAGGAUCGAGUACAGGUGGCAGACCUAGGAGCAUGCGGGGAGCUGGCAGGUGCGGGCAAACUGUCUGGAGCUGUUGGCACACCAGCAUUUCGCGCGCCAGAGGCUACGACCCUCAGCGACAAAUAUACUGGAGAGGCGGCGGACGUCUGGUCGCUCGGCGUAACUCUAUACGCCAUGGUGACUGGCCGUGUUCCCUGGACGUCACCAACAGCUGCUGAGCUGCAGAAGCGAAUCCUUUCGGAGCCUUUGGCGUUCCCUUCACGACCCACCCUCUCAAAGCCUCUUAAAAAACUGUUGUCACGCAUGCUUGAUAAGGAUCCCGUUACAAGAGCAACGAUGCAAGAAAUAAAGGACCAUGAGUGGAUAACCUGUGGGGGAAAAGAUCUGCUGCCGUCAGAGCAGGAGAAUUGCAGAUUAGUCGAAGUAACAGAUGAAGACUUAGCACGGGUAGUAACCUCCAUCCCCAACAUCUCCACACUCAUCCUCAUCAAGACCAUGCUCAAGAAACACAGCUUUCAGAACCCAUUUCUACGCAGUCGGGAGAGUAGUUCCCGUCGCGAAUCUAGUGAAACUGGGGAAACGGCCGUUGCUGUGCGAGGGAAACGCACGGUUCUAGCGCGGGCCGGACGCUCGCUCUCAGCUCCUGGAAACUAUCUUACUGACAAGCAAGUUUCAUUCGAUAUCAACUUGGAAGCUGUCGAAGAAACCAAAGAGAAACCAGAAACAAAACAGAGUGUCAGCAAAUCAUCCACAAAGAGCAAGGAAAGCAAAGAAAAUGGCCAAGGGAUUGCACCGCAACGGUGACGCGCCUUAUAAUAAGGCAUUUAAUGUGUGACUUCAUAGUUUUAAGGCUUAUCUCAAAUUUAAUAUUCGUGUCCGCUUUAACCACAAAUUUAUAUAAAUUAGUUUUUAAAUUAUAUUUUCGUUGUGAUAAGUUGGUACAUUUCUUACUUAAAGGAAUCGAAUAAAAGAUAAAAGUCAAUUUUAGGAAUUAUUACG